CCAGGCGUGGUGGCCCCGCGGGUCGGGGGCAGCUGCGCUGUGCGGGGCCUGGGUGGCUGCGGGCUGGUCAGGCACUUGGGGUGCACCGCCGAAUGGACAAGGUCUCUUGCUCUGACUUUCACGUAGAUGGAAAUAAACUGUUUAAAAGUUCGCCGAAGUGGAAUCGCAAGGUUUUUUGCGCACAGGGAAGUUUCAUGUGAUUGAAAAAGGGACGUGGACUUCAGGAAUUUUUCUUUUGCAUCAAAAAACCCACCCAUCAUUUGUAAUAGGUGCUUUUCAGGGAGUUUUCUGAAGUCUCCUGAACAGGCCCGGUGGGCACUCACCUGCACAGGUGCUGUCCAGGGAGCACUGGCCGGUGAGGCCAGCGGUCCGGCUGCCGGCGCAGGCUGGACUGGGGGGCUGGCCACGGCCCUCGGGCCCUAGCACCUUCUGCUGAGGCCGGCGCUUUUUCAAAGCAAGGUUUAUUUAAAUGACAGAGUGGCCCGGAGCGGUCAGCGGGGAAGCGGCUGGGCUGUGGCGUUAUGCCCCCGUGCGGUGUGGAGCCCCAGCCACACGUCCACGGCCAGUAGCCAUGCUUUGGGGCAGGAGGCCAGUGCCUCUGUGUCCCCUCAGCAGGCCAGAUGUGGCCUGGCCACAGAGGCUCCAAGCAUGUUGUGGAGAGCAGGUGCCGGCUGGGCCCUACACCGGCCACCUGCACACACACACACACCCGCCCCCCGUCUUGUUUCCCAGGUGAGCAGACUCUUCCUGGGGCCACCCCCAGCUGGGGCCCCGUGGCUGCACAGGCACUGUCUCUGCCUCCGGGGAGGGUGGGGGUCCACGCUUCCAGGAGCAGGGCUGAGGUGACCCUUGGGCCAUUUCCCUCUGGGUCCUGCCUUGGUCUCCAGACUGCUUGUCUGGCAGCUGCUGUGCUACUGCCUGGCCGGUGCGGGGCUGUGGGUGCCACCAUGACGGUCCUGCUGGGGACUGCGGGAGGCUGUGUGUGCCUCCUUGUCCACACAAGAGGACCAUGGCCUCCCAGCGCAAGGGCCUGCUCCGACCUGGGCUCCAGGGUGGGCUCAGGUGCGUGGUGGUGUCGACGGAGAGCCCUGUGCCUGCCGCAGCGGCGGGGGGAGGCAGGCCAACCCCCAGGGCGCCCUGGUUGCUCAGCGUGGCUCUGGAUCCUGUGGCCUUUGCAGAGCCGCCUGGCUUUGUGAGGUGGCUCUCGCCGUGUGCAGUACGAGACCUGGUGACUGUGGCUACCAGGCAGUCGGUCUGCGAGGCUCUGCUGGCCCGUGGCAGCACAGGGGCGGGGCUGGGAGCCCCCUUGGCAGCUCCAGGGCACCUGUGAGCCUGGCUCACCUUGCCCCGGGUUGCCCGGGAGUUGGGUGAAGGCAGCUCAGGGAUCCCUGCUUGUCCCCCGAGGCCUUCCCGGGCACCAGCUGACAGGAGCCACGCCGCCUUAAGCAGGUGGGCUUGCUGACCGCCUGGGGUCCUGCCCGGCACUCACCAUUCCUCUCCCUCUGGACAAGCAGCAUCUGAAGGGCGGCCGCCUGUCACCACGUGUGGCCUGUGGCCUUCCUGGUGCCUCUAACCUCCUGCUUUUCCUUCAUGCUGUCCUAGGAGGUCACAGCAAAAGUAAGUACCCACCUGCCAGGGCCCUGCUCCCUCCUCCCAGCCAGAGGGCCACCUCAUCCACACCUGCGGCCCCGAGCUGGCUCGGCGGGACCUCAUGGUCCCCUGUGUGCCGGGUGGCCUGACGGAGCGCCCGGACUCUCGGCCCUGACCCCUGGCGGUGGGCAUCUUGGAAGCAGCUGCCUUCCCUGAGUGAAGCCCCCGCUGCAGGGAGCGCUGGGGACCAGGUGUGAGGUCACAGGGAGGUCUGGCCCACGCUGGUGCCAGGGGGCCCUGGCUGGGGGUGGGAGGGCCUGUGGGACAGUGGGUGAUGUCACAAUGCCUGCCGCCUGGGCCCUGCUCCCACUCCUAGCCCGCCCUACCUCUGUCCCAGCAGCCUGGCCUUGGUAAGUGCUGCCCUGGCGGGGGGGCAGGGGGUGCCUCUGUGGCCUGCCACGGGGCAGCUCCGUGCUGACCCAGAGGCUGGGCCAUCUCAAAGGCCCUCUGUAUUUGUGGGGGUUAGGUGGCCAGGCCCCCUAGCCACUGGGCUGAGCUGUGGGAGCGGGGCAUAAGUCCGCAGCCAAGGUCAGUGGUGAGAAAGGUCUGCUGUCCCUGGGUGAGGGCUGGGUGGUGUGGGUGCACUCCAGCAGGUGCGCCCACAGGGGGUCCCCUCCUGAGUCAGCUCCCGGGUGUCAGGACGGAAUCCAGAUGGAGCUGUCCUCGGGGACCUGCAGUGAGCGAGCUCAGGGCUCUCAUCCAGGCUGGGGGCUCGCCCCUGGGUGCUGCUCGGUGUCUGGCCAAGGCACCCCUCCUGUAGCAGCACCCUGGUCCCUGGGGCAGGGCCGUGUCCUGCGUGGCUGGUGCGGCUCAGAUCACGCUGCCGGUCUUGCUUGUGGCCCACAGACCCUUAGAGUUGCCUGGAGCUUGAGGGGAUGUCACUCAGCGGGCUUGUCCCCAGCCAGGGCAGCGAGGCCUGCCUUCCCGCGUCCCGGGGCUCCCAGUUCCAAAGAUGAGGAGCGGCAAGGCCUCCUGUGCGCUGGAGACCGUCUGGGAGGACAAGCACAAGUAUGAGGGAGCCGAGCGGCGCUGCUGUGAGCACGAGGCCGCCCAGCACCCCCCGGCCGAGGCGCCAGCCAUGAACGGGCCCGGCCAGGCAGGCGGUGAGGACGCCGACGAGGCAGAGGCCCCCGACGCCGGCAGCAGGCCUGAGCCCAGGACGAGCCGCGACGGCCAGAAGCCCCUGCAGAAGAAGAGGAAGCGCUCCCCCAAGAGCUGGCUCGGCCAGGCGGACCUGGCCCUCGUGGGCCUCUCGGCUGACCACGUGUGGCUGGACAAGCCGCUCUUCGACCAGGCAGAGACCUCCUACCGCCAGCGGUUGGCCGACGCAGCCGCUCAGGCCACCCAGCUGCCUGCGCUGGCCCUGCGGGGGCCCUGCGCCCACGGGAGCCUGGUGGCCUGCCACCAUGUGACCUGGGGUGUCUGGGUCAACAAGUCUUCCUUCGACCAGGCCGAGCGGGCCUUCGUGGAGUGGUCGCAGGCCCUCCUGCUGGCUGCAGAGGGGAGCCGCGGCCAGGGGGCCCCCGACCUGGCGCUGGCUCGCCAGCCCGCUCUGGGCAGCCUGCAGGCUAUGGUGCGGGAGGUGUGGCUGGAGAAGCCGCGCUACGACGCAGCUGAGAGGGGCUUCUACGAGGCCCAGUUUGACGGCCACCCGCCCGGGAAGGUGCGCCUGCAGGAGCGAGCCAGCCAGGCCGAGGGCGCCCGGCGCGGCCGCAGGGACCGGCGCGGCCGCAGCGCCCUGGGAAGCAAGCGGCCUGGGUCUCGGCGGGCUGACGGGGAGGCCCCCUCGGCCUUGCCCUCCUGGUACUUCCUGCACAAAGAUGCAGAGGCCCCCUGGCUCAGCAAGCCUGCCUACGACAGCGCCGAGUGCCGCCACCACGCCGCCGAGGCCCUGCGCAUGGCCUGGCGGCUCGAAGCCGCCUCCCUGGCUCACCGUCCUGGGCCCCGCUCGGGCCCAUCCAUGUCCAGCCUGAGACCCAAGUAGGAGAAACCAGCUGGGCGGGGCCUGGCCUGGGUUGUGGGCACAGGGACCACUACAGUCCCUCCCCCGGUGGACCCAGCCGGGUUGAAAGCAGCGGUGGGCUGGGCGAGGUGGUGCUGUGUCCUUGUGUCCAGAGUCCACCUUGGGGUGGGGGUGGGAGGUCAUACCCUGGCUGGGCAGGGCAGCCCCUGGGAUGAGACGCAGGCCCUGCCUGGCGUCCUGUCCACGCCCAGCUCACCUUGUCACCCAUAGCCACCUUUGAGGUAAGGUGGGCAUCUCAUCCCAGGGGAUGAGCGAGUCGGGGGCCAAGAGGGGCCCUGCUCCAGGGCGGUGACUGCGGCCCAGCCGCCAUCUUUGGAGGCCAGAUGGGCCGGGGUCUUGGUGGGGGGGCUGGGUUUGCUGGUUUCAGAAGGUGGUUUUGAUUUGGGGUGGGAAUGCUGCCCACCCCCCUGAUGGCUUGUGAGGGGCCCGUGGCCCUGGGAGU